AAAGAGAAAGAGAGAGACACUAAACAGGUGUUGGGUUCCCGCGUGCAGCGCGGCAACAGGCCUCCGCGGACACAUUCGCCGCGAAUGUUGAGUGCGCCCUAUGGAUGGUUUAUUAACCGAUUGAAGCACCAGUGCUGGAAGAAAAGAGACGCCUUCUUGGACGGCCAACGUGCGGCCUGCGUCGAGCAGCGGGAGUCACCGAACAGAUUUGUUGUGCCGAGUGACGGAGCCGCCUGGGCGGCGUCGCAUGGCAAGUGCGCUACGCUCGGAGCGGCAGCGGCUUGCAGCUGCGCCAGACACGUCCGCCGCCGUUGCCGUGGUCGCUGCCUGGUGAAUAUGACCUGAAAGUGUGACAGCACAGCGUCCGGUUAGCAGGGGCAGCCAUGGUGCCGUACAGUCGCGCCGCCACGGGCGACGUCCCAGCUGGCCCGGCCCCCACCAGCUGGCCCACGGUGCUGGCCAGUGGGUGGCUGUUCUUCUUCGCCUCGGCGCUGUUCCGCUCGUACGGCCUGCUCUACCUGCACCUGGUGCGCAGCGUGCACGUGACUCGGGCUGCUGCCUCGCUGCCCAUCGCCUUCAUCGCAGCCGCAGCGGGAGUAUCCAGUGUGCUGUCUACCGUGCUGCAUAAGCGAAUUCCUGUGAUAGUCUCAAACCUGUGCUGCUGCCUGGUGUGCGGAGCGGCGCUCUGUUUCCCUUACAUCAUGGAGACAGCGCCAGGCCUGGCAUUGGCUGGAAUCCUAUACGGUCUGGGACUGGGCCCCAUUGAAUGGCGCAGCCAGAUGCUGAUCAAGAAAUGCUUCAUGAAGGACCGGAUUCUCGCCCUAGGCGUGGCUUCCCUGGGCGUCUCGUUUGCCGGCAUCGUGUUCCCGUGGCUCCUACAACACCUCUUACGGGAGUACACAACUCCGGGCGCCUGCCUACUGUUAGGUGCCGUCACAAUGAACGGCUGUAUCGGGAUACUGCUACAGAAACUGACCGCGCCGCGCGGCGCGAUUUCCUGUGGUCGCGGCGUGCUUCCGUCCGCAACAGCCGUCGAGAACGGCAGCGUGGAGAUGUCAGCCGUGCGCAAACGGUACAGCGUCACAAUCGACGACAACCCUAGACAGGCCGGCUCACUUCCCAGGCUUAGCAGUAAGCGCGAUCGCGGAUCUGCUCCCGAGGGACUGGACCGCGCUGCCGGCGGUGCCAACUCGCACCAGAAGCUCAGAUCUGUCAGCAGCAGCAACAUUGCGGAGGACAAAGCCAACCAGAAGCCGGCGGACUCGAUCAGGGACGGUUUCGGCCUGCACCAGCUCGCCGACGGGGGCGCGUUUUCGCAGGACUCCAUUUACGAGGACUGCCAGUCCGACUUCGACCCUUGCGAGCUGGAGGGCCUUCCCACGUUCAAGCGGCGCAGACUUCUGACCGAGAAUUCGGAUACGUAUCUCUCCUGCUAUUCCGUCCUAGACCCUUCGUUAUACGACGUAGUUGAGACGAAGGACACCGGCGAAGUGACUAUCCACAGGAGGUCGGUUUCCUCAGAGAGCAUCGUAAUCGUUCCUGUGCAGGCCAAGUUUCAAGGACCGCUUAAAGAACGGCUGCGGCUGUUCCUAAAACCGGCAAGGGUGCUGCUAAAAAACGGCAUGUUUUACAUCUGCGGCCUUAGCUUCGUACUCUUGUACAUCAUCAACAUAGUCUACAACAGCACCCUUCUGGACUUUGCCGUGGACAAAGGAGUGAGUGCCGACACUGCUGUGUCCCUGAUAAGUGUCUUCUCUGUGGCUGAUCUCGUUGCCCGGCUCGCCACUUCGGCGGUCAUGAACUGCGAGAUGGGAUCCAAGAAGAUCCUCAUGAUCUGGAUUCAGGCCUCCAGCGGCGUCCUCAUGCUUGCAGCGCCCUACCUGGUCGGCUACACGGCCGCGCUGGUCGCGGCAAUCUUGCUGGGCUCCAACCUCGGAUCUCUUUACGUGUUGUACGUCAUUAUCUUCGAGGACUACAUCGGACUUAAUCUCGUGUCGUGGGCCUUCGGCAUCUACAGCUUCGCUGUGGCUCUGCUGGCGCUGCUGAUGUUAGCUGUCAUAAGUUAUUGUCGUGACAUUCUGAUGUCGUACGACACCUUCUUUCAAGUGAUGGGCCUCCUCUGCCUGCUGAACGUCUUCUUCUGGGCGUUUGCUGAACCGUUUUUCAAGAAGCAGAGAAGAAGCGCACGAAAGGCUCAGGAGAACAGCCGUCCGCAGUAGCAUAAUGAUCAUUAUCAUCAACACAUCUUCGUCCACAGUAGCAUAAUGAUCAUUAUCAUCAACAUAACUUCUUUUACUCCCCAUCAAGCAGUAGCACCGCAGCACGUGAUUUCAAAACCCUACAAUCGAAGGUGCGCAACUGACCCAACCUUCCAGGUGGACAUCGCACUCAAAGCGACUUGCGCGGCAGUUCAUGCUGUACGGCAGCUCCGCUUUUGCAGACACAUGAUGAGUCAACUAAAGCAAGUUGUUUGGGCUGCUGCGAGUAAAAAGAAAAUGAAAGAAAAAAUGGAGUGUCACCACAUCCCAGUGCAUCAACGUCAUUUCAUGUGAACUGCGUACAAACACUGAGUGCGUGCACACGCAGGAUUCCCAUGGCUUCCAAAAUCACGUCUCUUCAUUCGCCUGCCAACCAUGUAUCGCAGUGCAUUGCACAAGCACUUGCAUGUAAAUAAGUCGCUUGUACUGCACGCAUGCCAGAUGUUUUAACCGGAACCAACGUAGUGAGAUUUUCAGUGUAGAAAGAAGGAUCGUGAGUAAUCACCUAUUGAGGGUAACAUACCUGUAGACUCUGUCAGGCAGAGGGGUAACCAGAUUUUUUUUUUUUUUUCGGGGGAGAGGGAGUUCAAGCAUACACUAUUCAUGUUUGUGCGUGCAUUUCUGUCUUAUACAGAUGCAAAAUUGAAAAAUGUCGGGGAGAGAAGCAUCAACCCACUCCUCCAAACCCUCACCAUGUGGCCACCUCCAGUGUGCCGUCGGGUCUUGAUUGCUUUUUUUUUUUUUCCAGUGAUGAAGUGCAGCUCCGGUAGAUUGGCCUACUGAAUGGUUAUGAUGUUGCGGUGAAGUACCAAUCCACAAAUAAAAAUGAAUUCACUCAGGUCACUACACGGUACGUUUAAGACAUGUCAGAUAAGCUUGUUUGUGAAUGGACUGCAAACAUCUAGAGCUGGUGCUUCCCCUGCAUGUAUAAAUCCAUUGACCUCUUAUGUGCAAUACCUCGUCGAGCACACGGUGACUUGUGUAUGCUAUGCAUGGUGCACGCGUGGCGCAGCCGCAUAUAGUGAAACGCACAAGCCGUUUGUUUUAGAACGGUCUAUAUCGACCCAAGCGUGCACAGAAGUCUUUUAAUAUAGCUAAAGGGAACACGCUGAUAAAACAACGCACUUCAUUGAUAUUACCCAGCAAGCCUUAUCGGCCUAUCGGGACACUAAAGGUAAUAACGAUAAUUCUUAUAAAAGUGAAUUACUCUUAGAAUUUUAAAACUACCACACUUCCCACAAGAAGACUUUUGGUAAGCGAGGAAAGGUGCAAAAUGAAAAUGUAGGUGGUGAUGACACCGUGAAAUCCUCCUACCAAAUGCCGUGACGUCAUAAAUUUUGACUCUGUCUACUAGGUCCUACGUAGUUGCAAAUUAGUAAAAAUGAAGUACAGUGCCCUCUGAGAGGAACGUAGAGUUGACCACAGAGUUGCAGGAUAUUUCUUUGAGCCAAUGUCACCGAAACAGAAGAAAUACACUCUGUGUUACGUCACGCGGCCAGAUAUCAGACCUUGAUUUUCCUCUGUUAAUAAAAUUAUACCAGUGAAAAUAACAACUUUCGAGACCUCACAGAACAAUUUACCAUUAUAAACCGAUUUAUUGUUUCCUUUUUAGUGUUCUUUUAAGGUUAUUUAAUUGUUGUUCCUCCUUUAGAAGCACACAAGCUCCCUGGUAUAAAGCAUGUUGCGUCGUCGAAGUACUACAAUAUUUUCAAACAUUACAAUAUAAAUAAAGCUGUAUUUUCAAACCUAUAAA